AUGAUCAAGGAGGUCCUGCGCUGCCAACCGACGGUGCCCAUCGUCCCACCCCACCAGCUCACCGAGUACCUGGCGUUCGACGGCUACCUCAUCCCCGCCGGCACGUGCUUCUUGAUCAACUCGAUCGGGCUCUCGCGCGAGUUCGACGACGCCCACGAAUUCCGGCCCGAGAGAUGGAUGGACGGCGCCGGCGCCGGCACGAUACCCAACUUCUGGGGGUUCGGGGGCGGCCGUCGGAUCUGUGUCGGCUGGAAGGUGGCGGAGCAAGCCCUCUUCGUUGCCUUUUCGCGUCUGCUGUAUUGCUUCGAAUUGCGUCCGAUUGGGCCCAUCGACGACGAGAUACUCAACCCAUCAAGCCCUUCUUUUAUCUUUUCCCCUUGA